AUGGAGGAAAGGGAACAACCAGUUGUGGAGAAGGAACAAUCAGUGGUGGAGAAGGAACAAGAAAACAAAAUAAAGUCGGCCCCAACAACAACCCCCAGUUACUCUUCCCGCCCAAACCUCUGCUUCCACAUUCUUUCUCAAUCCAACUACCUUUACAUCCCUAAGGUAAAGAAGGCUAAAAGUGACGCACAUACUAAGGAAAAGAAGAGGAAAAGGAACAGGAAACAAAAUGCUGAAGUUGAGACGCAUGCUACUGUGGAGAGCGUUGAAGGGAAGAACAAGGACAAAAGUCUAGCUAGGAAACCAAAACCAAAACCAAAGGAAGAAGUUGAUUUGGACGAGAAAAGUGAUGGAGUAGUAGACCAUUGUCAUUCUAAUGCUGAGGAGAUCCAAGACUUUCAUGGGCAUAGAGAUUCUGAUACUGGGGCAGUUAUCAAACCCUGUAGGUCAAAGAAAGAUAAGAAAAAACGGAAAAAGGAGUUUCAAAAUUCCCUGGAAAAGGGAGAAGGGAACAACAAGCAGGAGGAAGUUUAUACAAUUUCCUCUGGAGAUGAUGACUGCUCUAAAGGAAUGAAAAAAUGGAUCAUGGAAUACCAUCACAACAGACCAGGAUUGGAUGCAUUGCAACACCAAAUUGAUGAAUUUAUAACUGCUCAUGAAGAGAAACUGGAAGAGAGUAUUAUUGGAUACAUACCGAAAGAAACAAAUAGGAAGACCUUUGGUUUUGAUGAAUUGAAAAAGGCCUUUCAUGCUAAGAGAAGUCUAGCCGUAGAGAAGAAAAGAGAAAGAAAAGAAAAAGAAGCCCUUGCUGCAGAAGGGGGUGGACGGUUGUUGUACACCAUAAAGGUCGAAAGAAAACUACCGAUUCUGAAACUGGAAUUGCUGUGGGUUCGGUUGCUCAAGCAGCUGAAAUUCAAAUGA